UUUAACCCGCAAUUGAACAUUUUCUUUGAAGUAUAAUGGAGAUACAGAAAGGCUUGUGGACAUAAUUACAUCAUAUACUAACUUCACUUGUUGAAGGAAUAGUCUAUGUAGAGGCAUCCUUCUGACAUCCAUCUUUGAGGUUUGCUAUCCUGGACUCAGCUCCCAAUUUACCUCUUGCCAAGAAGACCUUCACUUUAUUGUUUUGGAAGCUGUUGAUAUGAUCUCACAUGGUUAUGGAGUUCACUGACUUGCUCGAAUGUCUUUUUUGCCCAAAUGUAGAGAGGCGUGUGAAUAGGAUAAAAAAGGCCGUCAUGUUUGUGUCCUCAAUAAUCAGAACCUAACUCAGCCUUUGGUGUAAUAUACCAUUUUUCUCAUACCUUUGUACGGUGCUUCUGAUGUGGAGGUGGUAUUGGGGAUAACAUUUUGUUGGUUGGCUGAAAUGCAUGUGAAUAUGCCAUUUGAUUCCUCAACUGGCUUUUAAAGGUGGUGGCCCAAGUCUCAAUGGCUUACAAAUGAAAGCUAGACAAGGAAAGUCAUCGAACAGAUCUUUAAUGUUACCAUAUGAUUCCUUCACGAUAUCACAUGCAAUUGUACAACUUGUUUCUUCAGUUAGGUAAUUCCCUUUUGUUCUACAGGUGUUCAUCAUGGUGGUGUGCAUAAAUGUCGUCCUUUGUUAUGAAGAUCCUUUAUCAGAGGUUUAGGCAAAGGUCCAAUCACUCUGUUCUUUCCUCCACUGGUGCACGGGAGGAGAAAGUUGAUCUCGGUCGAUUACCUGAGGCGCUUCCGGAAGAUGUGAGAGAGGGACAUUUUGUUGUGUAUACUGUAAAUGAUGGUGAACCUAAGAGGUUCAUUAUCAGGCUUGAUUAUUUGGACCACCCAGGCUUUGUGAAGUUACUUGAGCUGGCUGCAGAAGAAUUUGGGUUUCGACAAGCUGGAGUGCUUGCUGUUCCUUGCAGGUCUGUUGAGCUCCAAAAGAUUCUUGGGAACUGGAGAAAGUAAGAUGGUAGUGAUGCUGGGUACUCUUUCUUAAAUAUUUGGAUGCCAUUUGUAGCAAUUUGUCAAAGCUCUUGUGUUUGUUUGUUUCGAGUUUUUUUCUCUGGAGUUGCUUGCUUGCUUCUCCAGGGUUUCCUUAGUAAUUCUGAGAUGCUUGCCACUGGUUAUGUACAUAUAUAUAUGUCUCCCAAACGGGUUAAAAACGUCCGAGUGGGUUAAAAACGUCCGAGUGAAAUUUCUUGUGGGAGCAACCCAUCUGAGAAAGAAAUUUCGGUGGGGAAACUCAUGAUUCUAUGCUUCUGCUUGUAUCUUCUUCUAAUGUAUAGAAUGUUUUGUUACUUCAUACAUGAAGAGUAGAUUGUACACCUUCAUGCCUGAAUAUUUACCCCUAAUACAAGCUAGAUGGUUUUCAUAGCAGGUCCAGAACUAGUUAUCCGCAAUAAUAAUAAGGUGUUCAAAUGGUUAUCAUAGUAAUUACCAAAUAAAACAAAAUUCUAUUAAUCAUGGAAUAUAAUAUCAUAACCAAGCCGUCCAAACUAACACAACAAUCAAAUUAACCAAAUUAAAGUUUAAUCGAUUUGGUUAAUUGGUUAACCAAAAUAACAAAUAUAACAUCACAUUAUCAUUAAGUGGGAAAAUAUUCAGUUAAUGCAUCAAUUCACAAUUUAUAUGAUGAGUAAAAUAUUAUAAUGAACACAUAGUUAUAAUCAACCCUUACAAAAAUACAUGCAAAUAGUGCAAUUAUCUUACAGUCAAUAGAAGUAUUCACCUAACAAAAAUAUAUAUGUCAAUAGUGUGCAGUUAAUUAAUUAUUGUGAUUGUGUGAAUUGAAUUAGUCUCUUAGCAAUUGUCAUUGGUUGAAAUAGAUCUUCCUUUCAAGUUUUCAUUUAAUAUUUAUAUGAGUUAUCUAAAUUUAGCGUUCAUAUAUUAUGGUUUACACUCUACAAAUACAAAUAUAUAGAUGAACCUCGGGAUGAAACCUCGACGUGGACGGUGGAUAGUGUCCAUUGAAAUGAGCCAUAAGCUUAAUGCCCCAGAUACGAUAGCCUAGAUCGAGGUGACUGGAACAUGGGUUUAGGGGAGGCGUGUGGAUAAUCACGAAAGCCCACGGAGAAGAGCUCACUCACCACAUUCGAUUAACCCUACUUUACAACCUUAGCUAGGAGGAUUCGACCCUAGGCAACCAUCUCAUCUCUAACGUUCUCCCAACCACUUGGUUAGUUGUUUAUUUUGCCUUAGGAGUAGGUUAAUUUAGCUAAAACCCCUCACCAAACUUCCAUCCCAAUUAGAUAGUAGUUCGGAGCGAAGUAAUAAUACACUUAGGGAUCACUUGGAAUACGACCGAGCCACUUUACUACAACCCUAGCUAGGUGAUACUUGGCUUAGUUAGGAUUGAUUAGAGAGUGUUCUUCGAAUUUAUAAAUUUAAAGCUCGAUCGCGCAGCGGAGCACGAUCACAGCAUCCAAGUGACCUUGCAAUUUUGACCAGAAUUGGCAGACUAAAAUCCUGCAAUCAUCAUGGCCAAUAUGUUUUGGAACAAUAUGCAAUGCUGAAGACCCAAUCAUCGAAGCUGACAUUGAUGCCCUUUUUUGCUAGGAAAACAACAGCAUAUUUGAAAAUUUGUUGUCCAUCUAGUGCAUGGUAAACCUUUGCAUAUUUCUCAUUAGGUUUGAUGAUGUCCAGCAUGAUUGUUUGCUUCUUCUUCAUGUCUAUAGCAUACACCAUGUAAUGUUUGUCAAAAAAACGUUGGAAAUAACAGUUGUACCACGAAAGGAAAGGAAGAAAUAAUACUCAAAUGUUGUAGACUAAUACUCAAACAUUCUAGACUAAUACUCAAACGUAGCAGAAUAAUACUCAAACAUUCCAGGCUAAUAGUCAAACGUUAAUUACUCGUACUAAAAUGUGAAGGGAUUAAUACUGAAAUGCUUACAUAGUGGCAUGAAGAAAAGUCAGCAUCUCGU